UGGCGUUGAGCAGCAGUCCGAACAGCGGGGUGAAUGACAGCCUCUGCGCUCCCUCCGCCCUUCGUUACUCACCUCACGGACGCGAGAGAGACGUCGCGCGCUCAUUCAUCACUCGCUCUCCGCGCGGAUGAGAGAGAUGCCUUUGAUGUCUCCCGAGUGAGAUUCACGUGAAGAGCUCAGAACUUUGGGUUUAUCGGAACGGGAGGGACCGGUUACUAGAGCCACCGGUAAACGACGGCACAUGCAUGAGCGCGCCACUUGCGAGCGGCGGUUUCCCGGUUUAGUUGGGGACGCAGGCGAGCAGCGCAACGAUGAUGGGACGCUUUGGAAAGGGAAGAUACUCUAGCUUUGUCUUCCUUUCAUUUCUGGUUCUCCUGCUGCCCUGUGCGAUGGCCAGAGGAUCACGUGAUGGCCUCUCAGCGAUGUCUGGAACACUGCCUCACUUUCUGCAGGAGCCUGAUGAUGCAUACAUUGUCAAGAGCAACCCAAUCAAGUUACGUUGCUGUGCCCGCCCUGCCCUCCAGAUCUUUUUUAAAUGCAAUGGAGAGUGGGUGCAUCAAAACCAGCACACCGCAUUGGAGAAUACUGAACUAGGAACUGGGCUUAAGAUCCGUGAAGUGAUGAUUAAUGUUUCCAGACAGCAGGUGGAGGACUUCCAUGGACCAGAAGACUACUGGUGUCUGUGUGUGGCCUGGAGUCAUCUGGGCACCUCCAAGAGUCGCAAAGCCACUGUCCGCAUCGCAUAUCUGAGGAAGAAUUUCGAACAGGAGCCACAAGGGUUGGAGGUGCCGAUCAAUGGCAUGAUUGUUCUCCAUUGCCGUCCACCAGAGGGAGUGCCUGCAGCUGAGGUUGAUUGGCUAAAGAAUGAAGAGCCGGUGAGUUUGCUUGAUGAUUUCAACAUUGACACUCGAGCUGACCACAACCUGAUCAUCAAUGAAGCAAGGCUCUCCGACUCGGGAAACUACACCUGCCUGGCCAGCAACAUUGUUGCUAGGAGACGUAGUGCCACAGCAACCGUCAUUGUGUUUGUGAAUGGAGGGUGGUCAUCCUGGGCAGACUGGUCAGAGUGUAACAUUCGCUGUGGGAGAGGAGUUCAGAAACGUACCCGGACCUGCACUAACCCCGCACCCCUUAACGGAGGGGCGUUCUGCGAGGGAAUGUCCAUUCAGAAGAGCACCUGCACCUCUCCCUGUCCAGUGGAUGGUGGCUGGUCAGAGUGGACUUUGUGGUCUGAGUGUAGUUCUGAAUGCGAGAGGCAGCGUACUAGAGAGUGUACAGACCCGGAGCCCAAAAAUGGAGGCAGACUGUGUGAUGGAGCAGCUCUAGACACGGACAACUGCACCGGAGACCUCUGCAUGCAAGACAGGAAGCUGCUCCACGAUGUGAAGGUCCCGCAAGCCGACAUUGAAAGCAAUAACGAUGUGGCGCUAUACUCCGGGCUGGCUGCGGGUGUGGUUACAGUUGUCAUGCUGGUUGUCGCAGUAACACUGUACAGGCGCAAUCAAAGCGAGUACGGUGUCGAUGUCAUCGACUCGUCAGCACUCACUGGAGGAUUUCAGUCCUUCAGCUUCAAAAGUGCCAGGCAAGGUAACCCUCUUUUAAUGAACUCCUCCAUUCCGCCGGAUCUGACCGUGUCACGAACUUACACCAGCCCCAUCUGUUUUCCCGACUCCAUGGAGAAAGAGCUCAUCCCUGAACCAGCACUCUUUGACCCGCUCCCUGACCUCAAAGUCAAAGUACACAGCUCUUUUAUGGUGUCCCUGGGUGUUUCAGAGAGGGCAGAGUAUCAUGCAAAGGCCCCGUCCCAAACCUUUCCUCGUGGUGUGGUGCAGGAGAUCGGAGGUGGAGGGGGAACGCUUGGUGGGAGGGGCAAGAGUCAACUGGCACCCAUUAAGCCAUCACUGGUAUCUAAUAUGUCAACUGGUAAACUACCACUCAGAACCAGCGGGGUGUUUGGGCAUGGCGGAGGACGACUGGUGGUGCCCAACACAGGUGUGAGUUUGCUGGUGCCUCAUGGAGCGAUUGAAGAGGACACAACCUGGGAACUGUACAUGAGUAUUACACAGCAGGACUCUAGUGCUUUGUCUGAUGAAGGUCAGGAGAUUCUUUUGAGUCCUGAGGUGACAUAUGGCCCACCUGGUCUGACCCUCUCAUGCCCUGUUGCCUUGACGAUAGCCCAUUGUGCAGAUGUGAGUUCAGAAGACUGGAGCAUCAGGCUGAAGAGACAGACCCAGGACAACAGUUGGGAGGAGGUCAUGACUGUGGAAGAGGAGAGCACCUCUUGUUACUGCCUGUUGGAUACUCAAUGCUGCCACCUGUUGGUGGAGAGGCCAGGCUGUUACGCUUUAGUGGGAGAGGCCCUUACUCAGGCAGCAGGAAAGAGACUCAGACUGGCUGUGUUUGGAAACAUGGAGCCCAACUUCCUCAACUACAGCAUUCGAGUGUACUGCGUGGACGAUACGCCCCACGCCUUACAGGAGGUGGUUUCGGUGGAACGGGGUCGAGGGGGGCGUCUCCUGGAGGAACCCAAGACCUUGCUCUUUAGAGCAAACUUUUUUAGUCUGCAGGUCUCCAUCCAGGACAUCCCCCAGUUCCUCUGGAGCAUCAAACCUUUUACCACCUGCCAGGAAUUCUCCUUCUCUCAGGUGUGGUGCAGUAACCAGUCUCCAUUGCAGUGUGCCUUUUCUCUGGAGCGCUACAGUCCAGCAGCUAAUCAGCUCUCCUGUAAGAUCACUGUUCGUCAGGUCAAAGGCCAUGAGCAGAUACUACAGGUCUACACCACCAUUGCUGAGAGUGAAAAAGACACAGUGCCAUUCUUCACACAAUCAGACUGCACCAUCACCUCCCAGACGGGUUCCAGGGCCUUCAAAAUCCCCCUCUCCAUCCGACAGCGGAUCUGUGCAACAUUCGACACAGCGAACGCCAAGGGCAAAGACUGGCAGCUCUUAGCACAGAAACUGCAUAUAGACAGAAACUUGGGUUAUUUUGCACGCCAGGCGAGCCCGUCUGCUGUGAUACUGAGUUUGUGGGAGGCUCAACAUCAGGAGAGGGGUGAUCUGGACUCUUUGGCUAGCGCUCUUGAGGAAAUCGGCAAAGUUCACUCCAAACACUCAACCUGCGUUGACACUUUGGACCGCAUCAACAAAACCAUUCCCUCCGCCAUCUCUACCAUGAACCGCAGCAAUGAGGAACUAGACACUGAACAAACAUAAAAACUAGUUCCUUGGGAAUGAAGAGUAAAACAUAGUCCUUAUCGGAGAGAAGAGGGUACAUCGGUGGGAGAGAGGAGGGGUUGCCCAUCCCUACAGAUGCCCCUUCUCUCCUUGACUGACAAAAACGGGGUGUAAAAGAUAGGCCGCCACCAAAAGAGAAGCUUCAGCGAUUCACAUAAAUUCACACACACACACACACACACAUACUAGUAUUCCUAUACCAUACCCUUAAACGCAUUAGAACAAACUGACUUAUUCACUGGGCUUGUCUGAUGAAAUUUUGCAGCUAAAGAUUGUGGGUAUGCUUUCAUGACAUCAUUUGAUUCAGUAGAUGCAAACUGCGAAGUUACAACAGCCUAAAUGUGUGACCACAGACUUGGGCAUCCUAGCCUGUGUGACUAGGCCGGGCUGCCUCGAUGCUUUGGAGUGUUGAAGAAUGUGUCGUUGUAUUGUGGGAUACUUUUCUUUAUGUCUUUCUGUUUAAAAACCAAAAUGGUUGUUUGCAUUUCUGAGUAAUUUUCUGAUUGCAAAUAGAUAAAAAAAAAAAAAUAUGUACUAUUGAAUACCAUUAAAGCCUGUUGGAUAGCAACCAGUGUAAACUGAUAUAUAUAGAUAUGUAUUAAUAUACUCAGUUUACGGUGUAAACUGAUAAAUAUACUCACAAAGAUUACACAAAACAAAUAAUUUGGUAUACAACACUUACUUUUGCAGUCUAUCAAAAUAUACAAUAUUGCUUUUGUGUGUCUAAGGGAAGAAAUACAAGAGAAAAUGUAUAAUGCGCUGAGAAAGUGUAUUCUGUAGUUAUGAAUAUGAUUAUACAGUUAUAGCCUGCUCAGGCUGACUGCUGAUUG